GUUUCAGCAAACUUUUUCAACUCUGCAAAGAGCAUGAAGCUGCUACUUGUGAUUGCGUCGUCACUUUUGGCCAUUGCUUCCGCUUCCUUUUGCUUCGGCCCUGAUUCUAAGGAUGGAAAGUGCACUGGUCCUGAAUGUUGGUGUGUGGGGGUAGGGGAAGAGUGCGCUGGACGUCUCUGUAAUCCUAAUCCUAAAUGGCCCCGGAAGUGAUGUUCAUGUAGCAAUUAGUCGCUUUGAGGGCGACAAUGUUUUACUCAUAUUAAGCUUGAGUAAAGUGGUUGCAGAUUCAAAA